UUUAAAGAUGGCUGCUUCUCAACCGCUGGAUCACUGUGUCAUGUCAAUUCUCACAAGUCCUUGAAAAAGUGUCUGGCACGGGUGUUGGUGAUUGUGCCGCAGAGUUAUUGAAACAGUGAAAUCAUUCGAUACUGUCUUUUCAAUCAUUGAAUAAUGCACUAGGGGAUUAUGAAUUGUCAUCAGAUACUGAGUGGUGCCUGCAACGCAGGUGACCGCUGCUACGCUGUCGGCUCCGUCGAGGGAAUAUCAUUUACCGCAUAUGCAGCUGGCUGCAACAUCGUCAUUCUCGCGAGCAAUUUCGAGAGAGUCCAGAUAAUACCUGGGGCUGUUCAUAAUUACAUCAGAAUCAGCUGUUUGGAUUGUAGCACUGACACGGGCAAAAUAGCUGCUGCUUAUGAAAAUCAAAUAUGUAUAUUCGAACCCACUCCGCUCAUCCACAGCACUUGCUCACACCAAUUGGAGUACAGAUGGGUUCAAACCGGAAGUCUGCAGACAGAAUCCAACAUCACGUCCCUUUCAUGGAAUCUCGAGGGAACUCGUCUGCUGACAGGUGGAGAACUCCUCCAACUCUGGCACCAGAAUAUCCAACCCUUUCAGGAGGAAACCACAAAGGCGAAAAAUCCGCAUACAGAAGAAAGUCCAGCACCAGUGCCCGAACAAAAUCCACCAGGAAACUCUUCCCAAGAUCCUGGGGCGGUAACAUUUUCCAUUGGCGGCGAAGCUGAAAGCCCCGGUCCAGGGGAUUCCACCUCUGCUAAUGACGCUGGAGGCUGGAAUUGCGUUUGGAAAUGUCGAACGGCUAUACCAGUUCAUCUGAUGAGUUUCAGUCCGGAUGGCACUCUGUUCGCUACUACCGGGCUCAACGACAGACUCGUUAAAAUAUGGUUCGAGAAUAAACAAUUAUUUCCAAUGAGGAGCAUGGAUCAGACGGGUUUUGGACAGUCAAUACCCAAUGACAGUUAUGGCUUCGUUUAUGUGGCACAUCCCAGAGCUGUGACUCACUUAUCCUGGAGGAAAACCAGUAAAUAUAUGCCCAAGGGAUCAGUAUCGAACAUGCUAGUUACAUCGUGUCGGGACAAUAUCUGUCGAGUGUGGGCUGAGACAAUACCUCCUGAAAUCGAGGGCCUCGCCAAUAUGAGCCAAUUCGAAGGCUCGGAUCGACAUGGCCAUCAUGGAAAGCAUCGCCAUCACAGUAUGCACAAGCAUCGAUUUAUGCAGCGACUCAAGCACAUGAAAACCUGUUUCCACAUUCGACGUCAUGCUAAACAACAGCAACACCAGAAUGGUCACACUGCACCUACCCUUCCAACUCUACCCUCAACCUAUUCGGUUCAUGAUUUUCAUAAUAAUUAUCAGGGUAGUGGGCACUAUCCCGGAAUGCAUUUUCAUCUUGCUGCUAGUAUCAACGCGGAAACUGAUAUUCCCCUGGUACCGAGUCUCGUCACCGGAGAUCCUGAGAGAGAACCCAAUUUCAUUCUUCACUGGUUGAACAACAAGGAAAUGCAUUUCACGAUGCAGGCUGAGAAUAUUCUACAGGAAUUAACGAGAAAAGUAGUGGAGAAAGAGGAAAGCCUGCAGCAUCACGAUUCAGACCACGCUGAUCAUGAUUCAGAGGACGAACAUACACCAAGCAGCAUCUUAUCAUGUUACGGUAUGGCGCGUCCCACAGAGAAAGCUCCGAGGCAUCAGCCCAACACCAGAUCUGGAGUUGGACGUGGGAUGAGUCAGGAAGAGCACAGCAGUGAUGAACAUCACACACCUCACACGGGAUCAUCUCAUCAUAGUCUACCCCACAGUGGUCACUCCCACCAAAGUUUAAGCAAUACAACGUCCAUCAACUCAAUAGCCACCGACGCCACGUCGACAAUAAAUCACGCGCCCGACUCUCUUGAUACAAAAAUCGAGACCCUCCUCCGCGAUUGGCAUCACAACCCCGAUCUUCUUUUCUCAAUCCACCCAAUAGACGGAUCUUUUCUCAUCUGGCACAUCGAAUGGCUGGACGAGUAUCAUCCUGGCUCAUUUCGCCAAGCCCAGAUUUCCUUUUCCACACGCAUCCCCAACGCUUUUCCCCUGGGUGACGCUUCCACAAUGAGUCACAACGUCUCUAUGUACUCCCACAACACCGGGGGUCCGCUCUUAAGUAUCCGCGAAGUGGCAAAAUCCUCAACAAAACCUAGCGAUCACCUCAGCAAUGAAGUACCUACUCCCCUCCCAAGCCUCAUCGAGCAAGAUGAGGAUCAGUCAACCCUGACGUCAAAAGCAGGCCAAGAACUCCUGCAAAAUGUCAACAAUUACAUAGACCAAAAGCCAAUAUUACCAUCUCAAAAUUCAACAACAGCCGCUGAACAAGCCAAAUCGACUCAAGAGACAGUUCAUGAUCUUCUGGCACACCCCAGUCCCAUGGUAUCCAUGGUUUCCAAGCAUUCGAAUGGCACUCUCAAUCUCUGGCAGCUGACCUUCGCCGACAGAACAAAAUUCUCCCAAGUGCUGUCGAUCGGUCACGCAUGCAGGGCCUCAGGUCAUCGCUUUCGAGUUAAUGACAUAACCUGCCAUCCAGUCCUCCCACUUCUAGUCACUACUUCUCAUCAUAAUAUCCCAGAGUACAAUCCGAAGUCUUCGACCUCUCAGAAUUCAGAGCAUUCGGAUCAUCAGAGCGACUCAGCUUACAGAAAAGAGAUCAUGUCAGCGACUGGAUUCUGCAGUGAACUCAUUCUCUGGCGUGUGGAUGCUGUCGGUCCUUUAUCCAAAAGUGGUGGAGUAUCAGAGCUAGCUAGAAUAAACUCCCCCGAGAUAUCAGCCUUCAGCAAUGUUGCUUGGAUACCAACACUCCUCCCCUCAACGACUCUCGGUAAUUUAUCAAAUUCACCGAGCGCUUGUUUCGUCGCUAGUGAUGGCCAAUGCCUUCGGGUAUAUCAAGCAGUUAUCGAUGCGAGAACUUUACUCGCCGAAAUAUCGAUAUCGGAGAGAAGAAGUAGAAUGAUGGACUCGAUGGCGAGUUUAUCGACAGACAUAUCCUCGGACGAUGGAAUUCGGCAUUCAUUGCACGAUCGAAUUAAAAUCGUAUCCCAACAAUCGACUGCUCGGCCUGGCUGUAUCAUUCAGCUUGAUGCUAUAUCAGAUGCCACUCACGACUGGCAGAACACGCAGUUCCUUCAUGUUUUUCAAGAGCAAUUGAUAACUGGAGAGAGAAAUGAUGAGAAACAAACGGGUAUCGAUACAUCAGCUAAAGAUUUGGGUCUAAUGGAAUCAACACUGGAUGCAAUGGUAGAUCUCCAGCAGUCUGCCAUCUUCGAGGAGCCAUUCUACAUUGUUGUUCUCGAGAGAACAACAAAAGGGACGACAGUUCACAUGUGGAGAUUAGUAAUAGCCUCUCAACCAGAGACAACAGAUCUUACAGGAUCAAUGAUGUACGUUCCAGAUUCUCAUCUGGUGCAGGAUGAGGAUGAGGAAGGUACACCUGGUAGACACUCAGAUGGAAGGAGAUCGAGACGACAAAGUCAAACUGGUGGACGAAGUAGAAGAUCAUCACAAGUUGAUUAUGAUUCAUCUUUUAUUCCUCGCAGGCACCACAACAGUCACGUUUUAAUUACAACUACCAAAGUUUGUACCCAAGAGUUGGGGCUGCCUGAUGGUGUUGAAGUUGUUCAUGCUGCACCAGCUGCUGGCCAUCUGAGCAGUUCAUCGAUCUAUCCCGCAUGCUUUGCGCCAUACAUCGUUGUGACUGCUUGCAGUGACAGUACAGUACGUUUUUGGAAGUGCAAAGUGACAAAAAGCGAUGAUGAUCAGCUUCAAUAUGAAUGGAGGGAGUGGGAGAUGAUCAGAAAAGAUCAGGAGUCGACUAUCGAUAUAUCUGGUCAGCCUUUGAAUAUCAGUGCGGCUUACAGUGGAAGGAUAGCUUGUGCUUAUAAAUAUGGAAAGUCCUUUACGAGACCUGGAAAAAAUGAUCCUGACUCGAGAUACGUUAAUCUCUGCGUAGCUAUCUACGAGUGUGAGAGCACUGGGGGAAGUGAGUGGAUUCUUGAGGACACCAUUCAUCUUAAAAAUAUUCACUUGCCAAGAAUUCAGGUUGAUCAGCACUUAGAUCUGAGUUAUUUGUACGACAGUAGAUAUCUCCAGAAGAAGCAGAGAUUGACUCAGGUUCUGCAGACACUAUCUCAUGAGGACAUCCGGUCACCGCGUAAUGGAGAGAAUGGUGAGACUAAAACUAAUGCUGGUCUUUUAGCAGUUCCAUCGUUCAGUACACUCCAAUCACUCAGAAAAUCAAUAAUUGAGAAUGGAAACACUUGUCCAUUGACCCAGAAACAUCUAGUUCAACUUGAUUGGGUGUCCAAGGAGGAUGGCUCUCAUAUUUUGACCGUUGGUGUUGGGUCGAAGAUCAUGCUGUUUACUCCAGUAUGUUCUGAUUUGGCUCAAGCCAAUAUGAAAGCUAUGAAAGAGUCACAAAGUACCAAUCGUCCAAUUUUGAGAAAAAUGUCGUCAUUGGCGCAGCCUCAAUUUGUCGAUGAAAUUCGAUGGAUGAAGCUCAGAAAAAUUAGAUUGACAACAGCAGACGGUCUUCCACCACUUCCCAUGCAAAUAUCUUGGGUGAGAGAUGGUAUUCUUGUAGUUGGAAUGGACUCGGAAAUGCAUGUGUAUUCGCAGUGGAAGCCGAAUCCGAAAAACGAGUGUUUUCACUCGAAUCUGCAACACCAGGAGUCCGACGAAUUUCAGGCAAGUAGAAAUCUUCGGGAUGAGGACUUGCGGACCCUCGCCCAGGAGACGUCUCAGAGGAGAUUAGCCAAUGUUUCCUCGAUGCCACAUCUUUCUAGAGUGAGCAGUAUAAAUCUAACAAUGCUGGAUGCUAAGAAGAAACGAGGGAUGCAGAAUGACAGUGUCAGCUUUGAUUAUAUGCCGGAUUAUGGCCUCUUCGAGGCGUCUCGUAUUGCCUGUCCAGUACUCCCUCAGUAUCAUCCUAAACAAUUAAUGGAGCUCCUGAAUUCGGGUAAAAUUCGAUGGGUUAAAGCAAUCCUUGCUCAUCUAGUCAGAUGCAUUACGAGUUCGUGUUCUGUCCGAGCUGACGAUGAAAAUCUAAUGAAGCAACGAAGUGGCUGGACUAGAUCUAGAACGAUGUCGGUGAGCUAUACUGGGACAACUUCACCGUUGGAACCAAGAGGCUCCACCACACAAAUACCUGAAGAACUCACUCUGGAUUACGCGGAAAUCACGUCAAUCUCACCUCUUCCAUUGUGGACACUCCUCAUUGCAGAUAAAGAGACGAGUGCGGCGCAAAUUCAGAAUGAGGACAAACAAGAUUAUAAUGAGCUAUUCGAUGGUCACAUGGAUGAGGGUGAGUCCCUCGAUGACAUGCUGGAUGACAAUUAUGAGGGCUCUCGUCAGAAGGAUAGAAGAUCAUCUGUGCCGGAACGUCAGGGAAUUUCGCACUUUGGCCCUCGACAGGGACGACUUUUAUCUCGAUUACUAACUCACACUCAUUUACCCGGGCUAUCCUCUCUCGAUCAAAUGCAUCUUCUCGCUCUUGCCGAUACAGUCUCCACUUGCAACGUAGACUUCGCCGAGCGAUUUGCCAUCGAUGCAGCCAAAACAGCAAUAGCUAAAGAGAAUCUCACGGGGAUUCCCGAUGGUGAAACCGUAUCCACUGAUUCACUCGACGACUGUGGCUUGCGAUUCUUACUAGCUAUGAAGCAUUAUAAUUAUCUCAUCAAGUGUCUACCACUAGCCCAACGUGCACAAUUCCAGAAACAAGGGGUUUCCACAAAUAAUUUAGUCUGGGCUUUUCACUCGGAAUCUGAAGAGGAACUCCUGGCUCUCAUUCCCUCCUACGCAAAAGCCCAACCGAAGUGGUCAAUUCUUAAGGAAUUAGGUGUCGGUUGGUGGAUUAGAAAUAAUACAGUUCUGAAAACGUGCAUUGAGAAAAUCGCCAAGUCGGCUUUUCAACAAAAUCAAGAUCCACUGGACGCGGCCAUUUAUUACCUAGCCAUGAAGAAGAAGAACAUUGUAUGGGGACUCUUUAGGAACAAACGGGACGAGAGAAUGACUGCGUUCUUCUCUAAUAAUUUUUCAGAAGAUCGUUGGCGUAAGGCAGCACUCAAAAAUGCUUAUGCCCUGCUUGGAAAACAGCGAUUCGCGCAUGCCGCGGCUUUCUUCCUUUUGGCUGGAGCUCUGCGUGACGCUAUCGAUAUCUGCCUUCACAAACUCAAUGAUAUUCAAUUAGCUAUGAUUAUAGCAAGACUGUACGAGGAUGACAUGACGUCUCCGAAUUUUAAGCGACUGCUCUGGGAGGAGAUCCUGGGGUGUAAUGAGAACGGAGAAAAUCCUGACAUCAAUGCUGCACAUCCUGAUCCCUUCUUGAGGAGCAUGGCCCUGUGGCUUUUGAAGGACUACGCUGGGUCACUAAAUACCCUCCUACUGACGAAUGUCGGGAGUCUUCAUCCCCAGUAUAAUGACGAGUCUGAGAAGCCCGAGGGAGCGACAGCCAAUCCAAAUGUAUUUAACUUCUAUGUUUAUCUGAGGACUCAUCCCCUUUUGAUAAGACAGUACAUAGCGUCUACUGCGCAGGACAAAAAGAAAGGAACUUCAGUGAUGUUGUCAGGAUUUAGUUAUGGGACUGAGGGGAAGGGACAGCCCGAUAAGCAAUUGCUUUUGGAGGAUAGUAUCACUCCUUUGGAGAGACAGCUGUAUUUCACAACUGCUCAUGCACAUUUCAAGGCUGGCUGUCCAGCUCUGGCCCUCGAAGUGCUUUCCAAACUUCCGAACAAAGUUAUGGAUGCCAAUGGAGAAGAGACCCCCAGUCUUUUGAAUAGUCCGUUGAAGUCCAGGGCGCAGGAUGUCCAGAUUGAUACGGGAAUCAUUAGCUGGGAUAUGGGGGAUACUCGGAAGGGUGAUUCAGGGAUGGACUGGGGUGCGUCGGCCAUGGAUUGGUCACAGCCUGUCAAGAAGGAGGAGGAAGAGCUGAAGCUCGAUUGGGGUGAUGAUGAUGAACCUGCGGAGGAGAUUGACUCACCGCCGAUGAGCAUGAAGAUGGAUAAGAAGGAUGUUAAGGUCGAGGAGAAGGAGGACGAAGGGAUCAAGUCGGUACCGCAGCUGGAUAUUAUGGCACAGCAGCUGAAAUUUGUGGCUUGUUUGAAAAUUCUUAUGGAGGAGCUGUCAACUCUGGCCACUGGGUUUGAGGUGGACGGAGGUCAGCUGAGAUAUCAACUCUACGUCUGGCUUGAGAGGGAGGUUGAUGCUCUUAGGCAGCUGUGCAGUUACAGUGUUAAUUCCGAUGGAGAUGUCACCAAUGUCAUUGAAUACGAAGGUGGUAUGGUUGACGACGUUGCACCGUACAGACCUGGUGAGCAGCCCACGUUGCAUGAGAUUUUAGUCGCUGAAAAGCUAGAUUUUGAAGCUAAAGUGCAGAGAGCCGCAAGACGGAAAAAGUGGCUCAAAGCAAACGAGACACUUCUCCGUACUCUGCUCUCCUACUGCUCCCUGCACGGGGCCUCAGGUGGCGGUCUAGCCUCCGUCCGUAUGGAGCUCGUUCUUCUUCUCCAAGAGCUCCAACAAGAGAAAACUCAGCAACAACUCCUCUCUCCUCUUCCCUUCCCCACCACUCUUCCCCUCCUGUCAGCUAGCGUGGCGUGCAACAAAACAGUGGUAGCAGAUCCAGUUAGACAUCUGCAGUCCCUGGCCCACGAUAUGCUGCAAACCCUCGUAGAAUUGCGCUCACCACCAACACCCAAUCGGAACACCCACUACUGCGAAGUAUUCAUAAUGCGAGACCUGGCAGUAGCUCUAAGCGCAUGCAUUUACCAGUCCUUGUGUGACUCUGACACUUUCGUGAUGAAACAUCACCAACCGGACAGUUUUCCCGCAGUAGCUGAGGUUGAGGCAUUCUCAGGUGGUCAUUUAGUCGCCUCGAAUCGUUACAGUCGUCGUUACUCGACGGACGAGGGAGUCAUAAUAACAACUCUACCAGCAAAAUGGCCAGGUGUAACGAAUCUCCGAGCCCUCCUAGCUAGGGAAAAAGAUGAAGAUACACCGAAGCUCAAUAUACUUCUCUGCGAGGCCUUUGUCGCCACAUUCAUGAGCCUCUUUGUCUAUGCUCUCUCGAGCUGUGACAGCCACAUACUUUAUCGUCUAGUUGGUCAUAGAUUUGACAAUAAUACAUGGGCCACUCUCUUUGGUGGUGGUGUUAAAAAAUUAGUGAGAAUAGCUAGCACAUCGAAUAGACCGUCUAACAUUGUGGUAGAGCGUGCUGACAGUUUCUCGGGUGAUCUGCAAGCAGCGGCUGGUGGUGUUUGGAAUACUAUGACAUCGUUGACCAAACAGCGAGUCAAGUUGAAUAUGAAAUUGUUGGGACAAUUUACUGGACAACAGCCGAAUAUAAAGGAGGAUAAACCGACCUAUCGAGAGCAAUUUGUUUCGCCUCAGAUGAGCAUGAUCUCGUAUUUUCUCAUGAAACCCAGAAUUGAGAGUGAAUAUGCUGAUGAAAUUGAUUAUGAUUCAUCGGAUUCAGCUGUUUCCGAUUUGGGUUCAUCCGAUGACGAAGAGGAUGUUUUUGAUACUAAUGUGAAACCAAAGAACAAACCAAAGGAUAACACAGAGCACUCAAAUCCAACGUCUUACAGCUGGUGUAUUAUGAGAUUAGCUAUUGUUAAGAUACUUCAGCAGCAGCUUCAGGAUUUCUUGACUGUCGCUGGAAUUGAGAUGCAGGAAUUGCCAGUGAGUAGUCCCUUGAUUCAUGGAACACUGGGAAUAGCUGCACAGUGGCAGGAGACACUGAGGGAGGAAUUGGAAUCAAAAGGACCACCGCCUGUUCACUUUAUCUCCGGAUGUGCGCCAGAUCCUGCACCAACCCCUGGUAAACCAGCAAUUCACAAGUACAGAUCGUUGUUAGAAAAGGAAAAUACACCAUUUAACACGAGACUGGCAUCAGCUGCUCCUGCCAACAGACUCUGGUCGUAUUUGGUGAGGCAGGAGACUGUUCAGGAUAUAUUCAUUCGUGCGGUCUUUGGAAAGAGGCGAUCGUUGUCCGCUGUUCUCGAGAGUCAGACCAAUGUCGAUGGAAAUACCAGGGGAGAGGAUAAAGGAAGUGAUUCUGGAACGACUAGUCUUCCUGAACCAGUCAGAAUAAUUCAUAAAGAACAGGAUAGUAUUAGUGCCUUCUGUCUUAAUCAGGUUAAUCCUGGGUUGAUGGCUCUUGCUACGCCGAGGGAAGUUCAGGAAAUGGAUAUAUCUCUGCUGCUGGAGUUACCUAGCUGGUUAGAGGAUGAGUGCGAGUUUGAUAUUAUCAAUUUGAAUAAACAGGUCGAUCCGGAACCUGUCCCACCCACCAGUUUUCUAGUCAUACAAACGGCAGCUGAUAGGCCACUAUUAGCCCAGAGUCCUCAAUCUAAUAGCCCUCAACCCCAAUCAGGAAUAGCCAGUCAAAGUGGACGUGGCGCAAGUGUCAUGAAGGGGAUGCCCGCUUUCCCUGGCUCCCACGACCUGCGCUUCUGUCAGUUUGUUGCUGAUAGGAGUAAACACUUGUUGAAGCCGAUACUGAAACAUAAAAUCGAUGGUAUUAGGAGGGUAUCUGCACACCCACUUCUACCUUUGUACUUAACGGGAUCUCAAGAUGGUUCAGUCUCUCUGUGGGAAUGGGGCCACCAAACAGCAGUGGCAACUCCUCGUCCACCAGGAACUUUUGCAAAAGUUACUCGUGUUCGUUUUGCUCAGCAUGGAAAUAAAUUUGGUGUUGCUGAUUCAGAUGGUCAUCUAUCCCUCUUCCAAGUUGCUUGCAGAGAGGGAACAGCCAGGCCCUUCUUCAAUUACCAAUGCCACAGCAAAGUCACAGCGGACUUUGUGUUUCUCGGGGCAUGCAGUCUCGUUGCAACAGCUGGUCACGGUUCCGAGGGUCGAAAUGUCGCACUCUGGGACACACUCCUGCCCCAGAAUAAAUCUCUCGUUCAGGGAUUCACCUGUCACGAUCAGGGAGCAAGCUCAGUUAUUCUGGCUCCCCAGCACCAAUUGUUGAUCAGUGGAGGAAAAAAGGGAGAUGUCAAUAUUUUCGAUGUGAGACAGAGACAGCAGAGGCACAGGUUCCAGGCCCACGAGUCAGCCAUAAAGUGCUUGGCCCUCGAUCCCCAUGAGGAGUUCUUCGUCAGCGGAGCUGGGGAUGGUGAUAUCAAGGUGUGGGGUCUCACUGUUCAUUCCCUAUUGUAUUCCUUCCCUGCGGAGCAUCCCAGGUCAAGUUUCUUCAAAAAUAUCGGUCAAGGUGUAACGCAAUUACAUGUAGACUCGGCCGGUAGAUUAUUUUCUUGCGGUGCUGAUGGGUCGAUGAAGGUACGUCAGUUACCGGAACGGGACUGUAUAGUUCACACCCUCUACUAGCAUCACGAGAAUCCGAAAAAGGAAUCGAACCCCCCAGAAUAAUUCUCCUAUUCUAGUAAGUAAUCGAAACGCUACCAAAACCACGCUGUAACGAUGAGCAAUGGCUACACUCACCAGAAGAAUGUACUCGCCUCAAACCUCACGUUCAAUUCCGAUUUUAUAAUUUUUCAGAAUCUUUAAUAAGGCUAUUUCUUCCUUCAAUUGAAUCCAAACGUCACUGCCAACAUGUUCCCUCGUCGAGUCGACGGAUAACUCACACUAUGCACAUGAAUAAAUUGAUUAUUAUUUAUUAAGAGUACAUUCCUUCUAAUUAGUUACGAGUGUCACCAUUGCCUUUAGACAUAAUAAACGCUACUCGCUAGCUUCUUAGAAGCGAUAAAAAAAAGCUGAACAAUAUUUCAGUGAUAACUUACAGGCGAAUUUAUCUUUCCAAACUAUACAAUUCAGUAAUUGAGUGAUUAAAAAACAUCACUACUGAAUGAUUUUUUCAUUCAACAUUCUUCUUAGAAGAAUAUUAUUUUUUCAAGUAUACAAACCAAUAGAGUAAUUAAUACCUCAUCGCUGUGAAGAAAUAAGACAAAAAAAGAAUUAUUUUUCCUCAAACUUUUAAGCGCAUUUGAGCUAAAUCGAAUGGCCUAUUUUCUCAAUCUCUCCAUUGAAUCUUUAUCUUAGAAAUUUAGCUUUCUACUCCUCUAUAUUUUGAUUUUCUCCAUAUAUUUCUAUUCUGGAUAAAUAAUAUAUGUCAACGUUAACUCGUUUUCGUAUUAAAAUCAAUUCGUAUAAAUAAACGUACAAAAUUAUAUUGAAAUACGAUAAUAAUGUGUGUUGAAUCGUAUAUUCACGUGCGAAAUCAGUUGACGUUUCUGAAAAUAAACGUAACAGAUGUCGACUAUAUUAGCUUUCUUAUCAGCGAGAAUACAACAAUUAAUGAAUCUAAAUAAAUUAUAUUUAUCAUACAAAUCUCGAUGAAAGUUGCGACAAACGUCUGUCCGUUCACAAGCUUCGAACGAAUGAAUAAUAUACAUUGUACCACCGAGAGGUCCUUUAUAUGUGCACAUAUGAAUCACAAAUACUGACUGCAAUAUUUUAAAUUUAUAAAGAGAGAACAACAUUUUUCCUCCUUUUUUAUCGGUUUAUUCUCUGCCAUGCUCAAUCAGAAAAAAAGUCUUUUAAUAUUGACGAAAAUUAUUAGCCAUUUUUUAUGCAAAUCGAUUAUUGCGCCAUUUAAAUACGACCGAAUGGUUAAUUCGGUGGUGUCUCUGCAGCCAACAAUUUUCAGUUACUGAAUCUCCCCUAGACCUCAACCCAAAAUUAAUCAGAGUAUAAAUUAAAAAAAAAAUAGUGAAUAGAUGGAUUUUCAGUAUCUCAAAAUUGAGAAGACAUCCCUGAAUUAUUUAUUUGCUUGCUUGUGCAAUCAUCACAUUAAUUUAUACCGCAGUUCGCUAUUGUGAAAAUAAUUGGAUAGAAUUAUUUUCUGUUGGAGUGGUGAAGCGGCAGUUUAUCACAUCUCAUCAUGUGAAAAUUGUUUAUCCUCCGGAGCAGAUGUUUCAGUAAAUGAAUGCAGAAUUUGGAGAAAUUGCAUCUAUAAUAAAUCUCCCAGACAUUCCAAUACCUAAAAUUGCAUAAUUACAGUAGACCCCUGUUAUACAAGGCGAAUUCGGACGAAUCAAUGAAUCCGAACAGUUUCUCGAUUAAAAAAAAAUCCCACAAUUGCUACGCUUAUACCAUCAAUUAAUAGAAGACUAAUCGAAAAAAACUAAAGUCAGUAGAAAGUUAAUCGGAUAAUACCUGUAACGCAGAUUAAUCUCGGGGGGAUGGAAUCACGUGGAAAGAGGCUUAAGCAUCGACUCGUUGACGAAACAAUAAUUAAAUGAUCGAUUGAGAGAGGAUGAAUCAUUAUAAUAUCUGCACUCAGUCUUGAUCAGUGAUUGAUUAAGGCAAUCCUAUUAUUCAGGUAAUAAAUUGUUGAUGAUGUUAUACAAGGUUAUUACAUGUUAAUUAAUAUAUGUGUGUAUGUAUAUAAUAUAAAUAUUAUGUAGAGAGGAAUAAUUCACAUAACAAAGAAUAAUGAAAAAAGUGCAGUAUGAUAUAAUAAUAAUAUAUUCUUAAUUAUUAAGAUGUUAAAAUGAGGGAAUUAAACACAAAUGGAUUAUGUAAAAUGUUAGUAAGUAAUAGUCAAUUGACAGUAUUGUACACAUUUAUUUCGGAAUUUUCUUCGAUUAUUUUCCAAUAUGAUAAAGUGAUUUCAGUUUUUUUUUUCUGUGACUUCUCAGUGAUAUUAUUCAUUUGAAUUGCCAUUGAAAUUUCAAUUUUAUUGGAGAAACAUUCAACAGUGAAGACAUGGAGCGAGCUUGCAGCGCGUUGUAUACUUGAAUACCCAAUUAAUCGUAUGUAAAUUGUAACUAUUGAAAAUGAGAAAAAAAAAUUGAAGCAGA